AUGUCAGAACCAUCAUCCAGUGAAGAAGUUUCCCAGGAAGCAAAAGCUGGCGAGCAAGCAAAUACGGCUGUCAUGAAGAAAGUUUCGCAAGUUUCCCCAAAUCCAGCAUUUCAAUGUGAAAUGUGUCAGAAUUAUGAAGUGAAUUUGACAACAAUGCAGGAGAACGAGAGAAAACUAAAAGAAGAAGUUAAAGCGGCGAUGGAGUUGGCUGAAAGAUAUCAGUUAGAUUUGAGUAAUGAACGAGAUUAUAGAAAAGAAUUAGAGAAGAAAAUGAACGAGUUAUCGACAAAUUGCUUGAAUCAAGUCAAUGAAGCAGCCAAAAUAAAUGCAAAAUCUGAACAACGUCUUGACGAAUUAAGCGCAAAGCACGAUAAGUCAAUAGAAGUGUUCACAGAUCAAUUAAACCUGGCUCGAGACAAGCUCCAGCAAGCCGAUGAUGACUUCAUUACGUUAGGAAAAAAAUAUAAGAAACUUCUUGGAUCAACCCGUAAAGCUGCCCAAGAACUUCGCUCGGAGAAAAUCGACUUACCGGCUGAUAUAGAUCAAUUGCAGUUCAUAUGUCUCAAGAAUAGGGAGGAAUUAAUUGAAACGCGUGCAGCAAAAGAGCAUACUGAACAACAACUUCAAGAUGAAAUCAGUAUUCUUCGUGCGCAGAUUCAAGAGGAAAGAGCUCACCGAGAAGAUCAAGAAGUCACUUUCACCGCCGAAAUUAGUCGAUUGCAGUCAGAACUUGGAAGUGUUAAUAGUAAAAUGGCACAAGUAUCUGAAACCAUUACUGAGCAGACAUCUAACAAUCGACAAAUUCGAGAUCUUCAAGCAACUGUUGCUGAACUUGAAAACCAAGUUCAACAGGUCCAGAAUGAGAGAUCAGCAGUAGAGCAAACUGCUCAAAACUAUAAACAAAGAUGCACCAGCUUGCAACAAGAACUAGAUACAUCUGAAGUUGUUCAAAGAGAUUUCGUAAAGCUCUCACAAAGUCUUCAAAUCCAGUUGGAAAAAAUCAGAUCAUCAGAGCAAGAAGUUCGAUGGCAAUGGGAUGAAGAUGUGAAUAAAUGUUCCAAUUGUGAUACGUCGAUGGUUAGAUUGAAACCAAAACCUCACUGCCUUCACUGCGGAAAAAUAUUUUGUUCGAACUGUCUGAAAGAUACUGUUCCAAGUGGGCCAUCCAACCGACUGGCUAACGUCUGCAGUGUCUGUCACACACUUCUCAACAGGGACUCAAAACCAUUCUUCGCUACUCAAGACACAUAA